AUGAAAAAAAUCGCCAUUAACGGCUUUGGUAGGAUCGGGAGACUCGUCUUCCGACAAAUUAUUAAGGACAAAAAUUUUGAGGUGGUAGCUAUCAACGAUUUGACGGCCCCUAACGUUUUAGCGCACCUACUUAAAUACGAUUCAGCCCAGGGAAAAUUUGACUUACCGGUUGAAGUGGGCGACAACUUACUAAUCGUGGGUGGUCAAAAAAUUGCGGUUUUUUCUGAGCGUGAUCCAGAAAACUUACCGUGAAAAAAGAUCGGCGUUCAAGCCGUGGUCGAAGCAACUGGUUUUUUUAGGAGCAAGGAAGCGGCCAGCAAACACAUCAAAGCCGGUGCUCAAAAAGUGCUCAUCUCAGCGCCUGGUUCGGGCGACAUGAAAACGAUUGUUUACGGAGUCAACCACCAAAGUCUUAAAAGCAGCGAUCAAAUCGUAUCGGCUGCUUCGUGCACAACUAACUGUUUGGCGCCAGUGGUUAAGGUGCUCCACGAAAAAUUUAAAAUUACGCGCGGUUUUAUGACGACAGUUCACGCUUACACGGCCGACCAAAGGUUAGUUGAUGCUCCCCACAGCGAUUUAAGAAGAGCGCGCGCGGCCGCUGUUAACAUCGUGCCGACUUCCACCGGAGCUGCGGCGGCGAUUGGUCUAGUGAUCCCCGAACUCAAAGGUCGAUUAGACGGAAUUGCGAUGCGAGUUCCGGUCGUAACUGGAUCAGUCGUUGACCUGGUGGUAGAGCUGGCUAAAAACGUUGACAAGGAUCAAAUUAAUCAAGCGCUGCGCGAAGCGUCUUCGGAAUCGUUUGGUUACACCGAAGAACCGAUUGUUUCUAGCGAUGUGAUCGGAUCUUUGCAAGGCUCAAUUUUAGACGCCAAAUUGACGCAAACGAUCGAUGUUGAUGGCAAAAAAAUGCAUAAGUUAGUCGCUUGGUACGAUAACGAAAGUUCUUACGUGGCCCAGUACGUGCGCAGUCUUAAGUACUUGGUCAACUUGUAA